AUGAGUGACAAAACCAAGGAGGGGAAGAAAAAAAAAAACUCUGAAGAUGAGAAGGACAAGGAAUUUGAGGAAAAAAUAAAACACCUGACAGUGGACGAGAGAGUGAAGAAUGCCCUGAACCUUAAGCUCGAGGGAAACAACGAAUUUAAAAAAAAAAAGUACGAAGAUGCGAUCGAAAAAUACAGUGAAGGAUUGAAGUACAUACACAAAUUGGAAAACAAAAAUGAAAAAAUGAUCGAACUGGAGGUCGCCUUUUACCAAAAUAUGAGUAUAUGCUAUUCGAACGUAGAGAAUUAUAACGAUGCGUAUGAGUACGUAAAAAAAGUGCUACAGUUGGAUAAGGACAAUGCCAAGGGGUUGUUCCGAUUGGGACAAAUUGAAUUCAAUCGAUGCAACUUUGACAUCGCCAAGGAGAAGAUUCAAGAUUUUAUUAAGGCACACCCAGAUAAUAUGGAAGCGAAAAAGCUACUUAAAAAUAUCAUCAUAAAACAAAACGAACACAACAAAAAACAGAAACAGGCCUUCUCCAAAAUUUUCGAAAAGGCUUCAGGACUGUAUGAUGAUAGAGAGAAAGAAAUACAGAGGAAGAAAAAGGAAAAAUAUGAAAGUUACUUGAAAUCGUGUGCUGAGAAGAAGGAAAAGAUUCUCGACUUUGAUGAGUGGGAAGUUAUGGAGAGGGAGAAGCAGAAUGAGGAGCAGACGGAGAAGCAGAAGGAGGAACAGAGACAGAAGGAGGAGCAGAAGCAGAAGGAGGAACAGAAACAGAAGCAGAACAUAGACGAGGAAGACCAAAAAAUAAUCGACGAGACGAAAAAAAUGGGGUACUGCUAUUUUAGGAAAGAUAUAAAAGAAGACGAUAAAAAAUUCUUCGAGAAAAAUAUGCCUCAAAAAAUAGAAAACGGCAUUAGUGAUGAUUACAAUUUGUAUAGCAGUGAAAAUAAAGCCAUCUCCUCAUGGAACGCUGCUGGAACUACAUAUGAAGAAAAGGACAUGAGCAAGUGGGCAAAACAAAAAUUAGAGCAGUGCCUCAAAAACAUCCACUUUAAAAAUACAGAAAAGUCAGACUUCCUUAAUUUAAAUAACCAAAAUGAGUAUAACUUGUUGAAUGCAGAUUAUCCGGAAGUCCUACCAAUUCAAUAUUUGUACAAAAUUGAGUUGAAGGAGAUAAAAGACCUGAACGUGGAUGCACAGAUCGUUGUCAUACGGGGCACGAAGAGGCACAUCUUCGAACUGUCAUGCAAUUUGUACGUAACGCUAAACAUAAACAUUACUGAAUUGCACAUACAUAAAAUUAUCGUACAGAUAUCUGAACUGUCUAGCGAGUUAGAGGCAGGAAAAACAUGGAGAGAUUACAUCACUGUGAAGAAAAACGAUAAAUUGAAGGUCCCAGACAAGCUGUUCAAUAACAUCUACGAGUUGCUCAUCGAGAAGGUGGAAAACCAGGUCAGGUACUUCACAGAGGAGUACAGUAAGAUGUGA